UCUAAAUUGUCCAUCAAAUAGUUAUGGUCUUUCUUCAAUACUCACCACCUAUCCUGUCGCAUCAAUAUUAUUUAAAUACAUUAAUCUUUCGCCGCCCUGUCUUGUACUUGCCCUGCUCUAUUGCUAUCUGUAAAAUUCAACAAAUUUUCUUCAUUUAUAUGGCAAAAUCUCAACACAGUUAGGUUGGGAUAGAAACCAACAAUAUAUCACCUGGUCCAUAGACUAGUGUUUGAUUUUCCAAUAAUUGGAUUGCCAAUCAUUUAUGAAACAUUGGGCAGGUUAAAGUAACUUAUCAAAUACUUAGAGGAUGUGAUGUGCAAUUCUCUUCCCUAUAAAUAAGAACACAGACAAAAAGGGAUUCAUUCAAAGAAGAAUAAUUAAGAAUAUGACAAACCUCAUGAUCUCUAGUAAAGUAGAAGCACUUCCUCCAACUUAUGUAUUACCAAUGCAUGAAAGGCCACUAGCUCCAGUUCCAAUUGUCAAGGAAAUUCCAGUAAUUGAUUUGGGCGAAGAACGAGCUGUUGUCGCUCAACAACUUGUGAAAGCUUUGGAACAAUAUGGCUUUUUUCAGGUAAUUAAUCACAGGGUACCAGAGGAUUUAAUGGAUAAGGCAAUGGAAGUCUACGAAGAAUUUUUCAAUUUGCCAGUGAAACAGAAAGAAAAUUAUGCAGAAAAAGCAGAAACACUCUAUACCAACAAUCCCAAGCAUCAUGCUUCAAAGGAGCAUAAAUACUGGAAGGAAGUCUUGGAACACAACUGCAAUAUUGAUGGACAAGAUAAACAAACUUGGCCUAGUAACCCUCCAACAUUUAGGGAGGUUAUUGGUGCAUAUUCAUCUGAAAUUAGAAAGUUGAGCAUGAUAAUCUUCGAUUUGGUAAGCAAAGGACUAGGCUUGGAGGCAGGGUACUUUGGCAAAGGUCAUGGGCAGAGAAUGUUUGUCAAUCACUAUCCAAUAUGCCCAGAUCCAUGUUCAACUUUGGGAACUGGUGGACAUUGUGAUCCUAAUCUUAUAACCAUUUGCCAACAACAAGUAUAUGGCCUUCAAAUACUCAAGAAUGAUGAAUGGAUUGGUGUGGAACCUCUACCUCAUGCAUUUGUUGUCAAUUUUGGUCUCCCAAUAACGGUAGUGACCAAUGGAAAGUUGAAAAGUGUUGCACAUCGAGUGGUGACAAAUACAACUCAAGCACGUACCGCCAUCGGUACUUAUUUUUGUCUGGCAAAUGUGGUUGAGCCAGCAAAAUCAUUUGUUGGUCCAGACAAUCCGCCACUAUUCAAACCCUUCAAAUGGGGCACUGAGUUUUUGCCACAUUACUUCAACAACAGAGCAGUAUACCACGCAGCAUUGGAAGCUUUCAAAAUCAAUGCUUAAUAAGAGUUUUUAAUUUCCACCCAAAUAACAUGAGAGAGUCUCUACUCAUACUACUUUGAAUUUCCACCAAAAUAAGAGUUUUUAAUUAAUUUACAAUUCCUAUGUAAUUUGUAACCUAGG